CCGCGACAUCGUUGUCGUGCACCACUCUCGGCUGUCGCUGCGAGUCCCUCGCGCGCGCCCGGACAUACAGGAGAAGACGAUCACAACGCGACGGACAAGCUCGUCCUGGAAGCUCGCCCCUGGAGCUCGUCGCGAGACUCCCCGUCGAUCCCUAAUCCAGCGGACUCGCCGAUCGCCGUCGCGAAGGGCGCGGGGUAAAGCGCGACGUAGGGGUGUCUCCGAGUUACAUCGAGCCGUUUAAAACGAUCUUCUCCCUCUUCUCUCCCUCUCUCUCUCCUCCUCUUCCUCCCUUUCUCUCAUUCUCUCUCUCUCUCUCUCCCUUUCUCUUGUGAAUUCGCGUACCGUGAUGAGAACGUAGCUUAGAUGUGCGUAGCUUAGGAAUAAUUCCCUAACAGACCGACGAGAUCGAGUGUCGAGGGCGGGAAAAGCGAAACGCGUUAAACGAAAUCAGGUUUGCCUGUCACCGUGCGAACGGUACCCGUCGUCGUCGUCAGGGACGACACACAAUGACAAGGGAAGUGUGUCUCGGCGCUGAUCCGGCUUCGGGGAAUCGGCGGGCGUGAAACGCGCGCGAGCGAGAAACCGCGGUGAGAGAACUAGUGGCCGAGGGAAAACGCGGCGAAAGUGGAGGAGGAACGAGACGCGAAACGAGAGGGAAAGUCGGAGAUCGGUCGGCGACAGGUUGUGUCGUUGUUCUUCCUUACGCCGCGUGCGAAGGUCGAUCGCGCGUAAUUAGCGCGUGCCGCGAGUCUUCCGGCCUUCCCCUUCGAUCCGUGAUUUCGCGAGGAACAUCGCGAAUGACCGUCGCCCGCUCGUCGCCGCGUUCUACUCGUGAGCGGAUUCAGCACCUCGGCUCAACGAGCGGGGACCGGUCAUUGCGGCCGAUCCGUCGCGGAAAUCAGCCGCCGACUGUACGCGGCAAGCAGUCCAAGAUCUAUCGCCGAGGCUCCCUCUGGAUCGCCGGAUUCCGGAUGGAUCGAUGUCCCCGCCAGGAUGAAGAAUUUCACCGGGACGUGGCAGUUAUCGGAUUCCCGCGGAACGUCGAUCGUGCCGCGCGACUGCCGCAAUCACGGGCCCAAGAGCGCGGCAAAUGAAGACGAUCGGCAGCGAAGUCGCGCGCCGUCCAACCGGGUCGUCCCAUUGAAAUUCAAAACGGGACUCUGCCAUGCCGGCCCGUCCGUUUUAAAGGCGGAGCACCACCGCAAUCACCACCACCGUCACCAGCACGAUCGUUAUCACCACCGCCAUCACCACCACCGUCACGGCUGCCGUUAUUGCCGCCGACGCCGCUAUCAACGUCGCCGCCGUUAUCAACGGUGCCGCCGCCACGUAGCGCUCGUUAGACUCGCUCGUGAAGGGAUCAAGUCGGUUUAACCAGUCGGAAAUCCGACGGAGGAAGCGACGCCGCUCUCUUUCGGAUGGCCACGACGACGUCGAGGCCGACGCCGACGCCGAGGCCGACGACGACGAACGACUCGACCGGAAGCUGAGCCCCGACCGGAGAUAGCCGGCAGUCUCGAUCUCGGCACGUUUAUUGAAGCAACAACGGCGCGAAGAAAUCGCGUCCGGUAAUUGCACCGGCCGCUUUGAAGGUUCCCUCGGGAGUUCCCUAUCUUCUUCCGACUGGCGUUCCCUCGUCCGAUAAAUAAGAAAGAGGGAAAAUAAAUCGAAACGAGAACUCGAGGAAGCGACGAGAAACAGAGAGAGAGGGAGAGAGAGAGAAGAGAGAGGGUAGUACGAAAACGAUCGGGAGAUCAACGCCGACUCCCCCGAGAGUUCCUCGCCCUCUUCGUUUCACUUCGAAGGGAUGCUUGCCGCGUCGCGCUUCGGACAAGAUCGUCCAAAGGACGGACAAUCCCGUUUAACACUGUCUAGUUCACGAGCCCAUGUUGUCGAAAGACACUCCGGAUCACCCUCGAGAAUCUCGCUACGAGCGACUCCGUCGACGAGCGCGUGCUUGAGGAGACGAUAUGUCGGACGUACGGCGAGGUCGUAGACCGGGUCUACGAACGAUUUGCUGAAGAACCGGCGAAUUGGCACACCGAAGAAGAAGAAGAGGGCGAAAAGACGCGGCGUGUGUCGAAAAACAGUCGCGAGGAGGAUGAUUAUCGUGUCGAGAGGACGAGAACGCGCGCGUUCUCAGCAGGCACUUAAGAUGCAGCGUGCGCCUUGGCCGUUGCUGCUCCUGAUCACGCUGCAGCGACUGCCGGUGCAGUCGAGGAUGCACACCGAGAGGGAGGCGGUGCUGAUACCCGGUGACAUCGUGCUGGGUGGCCUGUUCCCGGUGCACGAGAAGGGCGGCAGCAGCGCCUGCGGGCCCAGCAUCUACCACCGCGGUAUGCAGCGUCUGGAGGCGAUGCUGUUCGCCGUCGAUCAGAUCAAUAGCGAGAACGACAUAUUGCCGGGAGUCAUGCUGGGCGUGCACAUCCUCGACACCUGCGGCCGUGAGACUUACGCGCUCAACCAGAGCCUGCACUUCGUGCGCGCCUCGCUCUCCAACAUAGACAUCAGCGUGCUCGAGUGCGCGGACAAGUCGACGCCCAGGGUGAAGCGCACCGCCAACGCCGGGCCCAUCUUCGGUGUGAUCGGCGGCUCCUACAGCUCGGUGUCGUUGCAGGUAGCCAACCUGCUCAGGCUCUUCCACAUACCGCAGAUCUCGCCGGCCUCCACGGCGAAGGCGCUCAGCGACAAAACCAGAUUCGACUACUUCGCGCGGACGGUACCGCCGGACACGUUCCAGUCGAUCGCGCUGGUGGACGUGGUGAAGAGCGCCAACUGGUCGUACGUCUCCACGGUGUACUCCGAGGGCAGCUACGGCGAGUACGGCAUCGAGGUGUUCACGCGCGAGGCCACCGAGCGGAACGUGUGCAUCGCAGCGGCGCUGAAGGUGCCGAGCGCCGCGGACGAUAAGGUGUUCGACGACAUAAUCCAACGGUUGAACAAGAAACCGAACGCUCGGGCGAUCGUCUUGUUCACCCGGGCGGAGGACGCCCGCGGCAUCCUCGAGGCGGCCAGACGGUCGAACCUCAGUCAAUCCUUUCAAUGGCUCGCCAGCGACGGCUGGGGCCGACAGAGCAAGCUCGUGGAGGGCUUGGAGGAGGAGGCCGAAGGCGCCAUCACCGUGGAGCUGCAAUCGAAGAACAUCCCCGACUUCGACGAGUACAUGGAGUCGCUCACUCCCGAGAACAACCGGCGGAAUCCUUGGUUCGGCGAAUACUGGGAGGAGGUGUUCGGCUGCACCUUGAAGAAGAACCUCUUCGCCAUAGAGCGCGGCAGCCAUCAGCAGAGUAUCACUGGACGGGGUAACUCGGCGAACCAGAGCCACGGUUGCUCGUCCGCGCUCAGGCUGACCGCCGCCAACGGUUACGAGCAGGAGUCGAAAGUGCAGUUCGUCGUCGACGCGGUGUACGCGUUUGCAUUGGCGCUCAACAAGCUGCGUCUCGACCUCUGCGGCCACAUCGAGGGCCUGUGCACGCCGGUGGCCAACUACGAUCGCGGCGCGUUCUAUAGGAAUUAUCUGCUGAACGUGUCCUUUGUGGACCCCGCCGGCAGCGAGGUGAAGUUCGACGAGCACGGCGACGGCCUGGCGAGAUACGAGAUUCUCAAUUUCCGAAAGAGCACGAGUCACAAUGGGGCGAACGGCUAUCACUAUCGGGUGGUGGGCAAGUGGUACAAUUCCCUGGACAUUCGCACCGAGGAGAUGGUGUGGGCCCGUGGCACGAAGGACAUACCGAUCUCCGCGUGUUCCCUGCCCUGCGAGCCAGGUAUGAUAAAGAAGCAACAGGGUGACACUUGUUGCUGGGUAUGCGACCAAUGCGAGGCGUACGAGUUCGUCUACGACGAAUACACCUGCAUGGACUGCGGCGCGGGCUACUGGCCGCACCCCGACAAGAGGGGCUGCUACAAGCUGCCGAUCAAGCAUAUCAGGUGGAGCAGCGCCUUCGCCAUCGCGCCGGCGGUGAUCUCCUGCUUGGGCAUCGUGGCGACCUUGGCAGUGGCCUGCUUGCUCUUCCAACACCGGGACACCCCGGUGGUGAGAGCUUCCGGGCGAGAACUAAGCGUAAUCCUACUGGCGGGCGUGCUGGUCUGUUACCUGAACACCUUCCUGCUGCUCGCUACGCCGACUACGGCGACCUGCGUGCUGCAGCGCUUCGGCGUCGGCGUCAGCUUCAGCGCCGUUUACGGCGCCCUCCUCACCAAGACCAACAGGAUCGCUAGGAUCUUCGACUCGGCCUCGAGGUCCGCCGUCAGGCCACGAUACAUCAGCCCCACCUCUCAGGUUUGCGUCGCGGCCGCGCUGAUCGCCUUUCAGGUGGUGCUCACGCUGGUCUGGAUGAUCAUCGAGCCGCCCGGCACCAGGUUCUUCUUCCCGGACCGCGGGCAGGUGAUCCUCAAAUGCAACAUCCAGGACAUGAGCUUCCUGUUCUCCCAGCUGUACAACGCCAUCCUGAUCCUCAUUUCGACCAUCUACGCGGUGAAGACUCGCAAGAUACCCGAGAACUUCAACGAGAGCAAGUUCAUCGGCUUCACCAUGUACACCACGUGCAUCAUCUGGUUGGCCUUCGUGCCGAUCUACUUCGGCACCGGGAAUGCUCACGAGACGCAAAUCACGACGCUCUGCGUGGCCAUUAGCCUCAGCGCCUCCGUCACUCUGGUUUGCCUCUAUUCGCCCAAGGUCUACAUCAUCGUCUUCCAGCCGGACAAGAACAUCCGCGGCAAGGUCUACAUGGGCAGCACGUUCAAGAAGCAGAGCAGCAGCGCCGACGCAGGCUGCGAGCUGGCGACGAGCGAGAACGUGCCGCUGCAGAGUGCCCUGACGGCGGCGGUGCGGACGUCCGUCGGGGUCACCGAGAUUUCGCUGACGUCCAGCACGACCAGCAAGACUAAUAACGAGCAAGUGGCACAAUUGUAGGCUCGCAAGCGUUUGUAGACAAGUACCACGGCCUUCGUAAUUCGGUGAACGGAAUCGGCAAUUGAUCACCGUCGAUGCGCGUUCGCUUCUACCGACGAGACGCGUACAUUGUAGCGAGGACGCGUUGAGCGCCUUGACUCGCGUGUUAUCGUUAUCGUUCGCAUCUACUGUCAAUCGAGAAGAACGAGAGAACGCGAGAGAGAAAGAGAGAGAGUGUAUGUAUGUGCGUGCGCGUUAAAGAGAGAGAGAGAGAGAGAAACGUCGAGAGAUCAUCAAUCGUUAUCAUGCUCGCUGUUGUCGUUAUUGUUACUGUUGUCCUUGCGCAUGAAGUACACACAUACCUACGCGAGAGCAAACACACGGAUACGUGUACAACACACACACACACACACACACACACACACACACACACACACACACACACACGAUACGUCGCACAUUCACACUCGUAUGUGUGCGUGCAUUUAUCGGGCAAAUAUAUUAGCGAGUGAUCUCCACUAAUUCUAGUCGUCAAGCACCUCGUCCGAUAAGUACCCGACUUCCAUUAGGAAUGUAAAUGUAAUUUCGCGUUGCUCCCUCUUCCCUCUUUGUUUCUUCUUUACCUUUUUCCCCUUCUUAUUCCCAAACUCGCUCGCGAUCCUCGUAUCCGCGAGAUAGAUAGCAGUCAUCCCAACGUCCCACGAGAGCGCCUUCCGACGAGAUAAUCGUACACAGUGGACAAUAAAUAAAUCGACUUAAAGCAAGCGUGCAAUUAUAUCGGAGCAGUCCUCCUUCCUCCCCCCUCUCCCUCCCGCCCCCGCCUCGAAGUGUCGAGAGCACGUUAUUAUUCAACGGCGUCGUUUCGAGCAUCUACUCAAUCGUUUCUCGAGUCCUCCUUCCUCUUCCCUCUGCCCCCCCCCCACUCUUUCGUACGUAACACUAUAAGAGCGUUAUUGUAUUAUAUCGGAGCGAUUAAAUCGUCCGAUCUCUCCUUCCCCUCUCCCCCACGGCCGCCGAAGCCAAAGCGACGUACAAAGGAAAAAUGAUAUCUUUUCUAUUAUAAUGAACGCGGUGUAAAAAGAGAGACGUAGAUCAUGGACAUGGAAUAAAGUAAUUGUUGAAUAGCGCGCCGAGUGCGAUUCAUUUCGACCCGUCCGUUCAUCCGUCAUUAAUCCCGAAAAUUCAACCUGAUGUCCAUAUAAAAUGUUAAACUAUGGCGACUUCUAUGAAAUUCAGAAUUAAGUAAUCGAUGAAUAAUAAUAAAAAUCGCCGACAUCAAUUUCCAGUCCUGUUCAACUUGUUCAACAAUAAUCGGAAAGUUACACGGACAAAAGUUUAGUUAUAUUAACCAGAAAGGGAACUGAUGCGAAUUUUGGUUGAGGGAGACGAAAUUUUUAGUUAUAAAAGCCACAUUUGGGUCACAGAAAUCAGAGAUUCUGUUUCCUUCAACCAGAACGCAUCUGUU